AUGGUCAAAACUUGCGUAUUUGGUGCGAAGAGAAGGAAAUUUCGUGAGACGAAAGAAUCGCGCAAAGCCUUCCAUCUAAGACGUAACCACGCCUGUGUUUGGGCUGAACCCCCCAAAAGCCAUGCCCAUCCUGAGGAUAAAACUGUGAUGAUGGAAUUGGGCAAGUCCAUGGAAUACCAGCUCACGAUGUCAAAGGAUGACUUCAGCAAGCGGUUCCUCAACACAGGACAAGCUGAUGAGCAGACGCCUGCUGCAAGCGACCAGAAGAAGGACGAUCAGGCUUAUAGAUUCUUGAAAAUGGGGCGCUUCAUGAUGCGCUCGCAACUGGAUGCCAUUUAUCAGGGGCAGGUAUUCGAUGUGAAGACUCGCGCAGUGUUUGACGUCAGGCAUGAUGCAAGGAGAUACGAAGUGAAGAGGAAAUACCGCAUUACGAAGAUUUUCGGCGGCCGUCACAGCUACGAGCUGGAAAUCUACGAAAUGAUGCGAAAUGCCUUCAUGAAGUAUGGCUUCCAAGCAAAGAUUGGCCGUAUGGAUGGGGUCAUUGUCGCCUAUCACAACACGGCGGAAGUUUUCGGCUUUCAGUACCUCCCCCUGGCAGACAUGGAGCGCUGCAUCUACGGUGGCCGUGAGGCCGCUAAUGUGGCUUUCGACCUAAGCGUCAAAGUCCUGCAGACCUUGCUCGACUUCCUUACCCAGGAGGAAGAGCUCUCGAAGAACAGCACCAUCAAGAUGACG